AUGUCGCGCUGCUCGGUCUGCAACAAAACGACGAGAGGACUGAAUGCUGUCGAUUGCAUGGGCGAUUGUGGUGCCAUAAUCCAUGCUGAGUGUGCCACAAACAGACUAGGGUACGACCCCGAUGGCGCGAAUUCAUUAGACAGUGUCUACUGCGAACCUUGCGUCAUGCAGCGUUCCACAACCAUCCCACGGUCACCUAUAAAGAGCCAUACGUCAAUCGAUCCUCCAACGCACAAGGAAGUGUUAGAUGACACAGGAUCUCACGACAAAAUCACCUUAGAGGAUCUCAUGCGUCAACUACAAUCGAUGAGCACAGUCAACACCGGCCAAUUUAAAUGCCUUCAAACGUCAAUCUCAAGUGUAGAGCAAAAUAUUGCCGAACUCCGUGCCGACGUUUCAGUUUUUUCAUCGUCGUACGAAACGCUCAACAAUCGUAUCGGGACACUAGAACUUAAUUCCGAAGCGACAAAGGUGGACAUUCAAACGAUCAGGGAAGAAAACUCUGCACUCAAGUCGCAAGUCAACUUACUGUCGAAUCGUCUUACCAACAACGAUUCCAACAACACGAGCGCGGAGGUCACGAUAUCUGGACUGCCGAUUGAUAUCACAGAUACACCGAACACAAUAGUCGACAGGAUUUUUAAGGCACUCGGAAUUCCCGGAUUAACUAGCGACGUUCUUGAAAUACGACAAAUACCUUCGAAACAGCCUUUGGCUGAUGGGGAACGUCCGCAUACAUCCACUACGACCCAAGCCUCUUUGGGGACUCUGAUUGUUUCACUAGAGUCAUCAAAAGUUCGCGAUUUUAUCAUCCAGAAAAGACGUGAAAAAAAGGAGUUAUCCAUCAAUGAAGUUUUCGCACUUAAUAGAAAAGGAAACAUCUUCAUCAACGAAUUCCUGCCGUCAGCGACCUAUAACUUGCUGCGUCGCACAAAAUCGAAAGCAAAAGAACUUGGCUACAAGUUCGUAUGGCCGAAGGCUGGGAAUAUUUACGUUCGAAGGAGUGAAAAAACCGAAAUCAUCCAAAUCAAUGCCGAGAGUGACCUGGACUCACUCACAUGA